CUGUCGUCCUCACUCGGGUGUACUCGUUGAUUUCCGUCCAUCAUCGGCGUCUAAACAUGGCGAUGGUCUCUUUACGAAACUCAGCGUCCUCGCUGUUGUUGUUUAGCAGAAGGUUAUUCGGCCCUCAGCUAAAUGCGCUUUGCUCUUAUCACAAAAAGGUGGUGGACCACUAUGAAAACCCCAGAAAUGUGGGCUCUUUAGACAAAAACAGCAGGAAUGUGGGGACUGGAUUGGUGGGUGCACCAGCCUGUGGAGAUGUUAUGAAACUACAGAUCCAGGUAGAUGAAAAUGGGAAGAUUGUUGAUGCAAAGUUCAAGACAUUUGGCUGUGGAUCAGCCAUCGCCUCCAGUUCUCUAGCUACAGAGUGGGUGAAGGGGAAGUCGGUGGAUGAAGCGCUGAAGAUCAAGAAUACAGACAUUGCCAAAGAGCUCUGCCUUCCUCCAGUAAAGCUUCACUGCUCCAUGCUCGCUGAAGAUGCCAUUAAAGCUGCGCUGUCAGACUACAGAAUAAAACAACAGGACAAGAAGGAGGACCGUGCAAAAGCUACGAGUUAAUGUGAUUAACAAGACACCUCAUCUCUGAUACUUCACUAAAACGCUGUUUGGAAGACUGGUUACCAUUAACAGAUCUCUAGGAGUUUUUAGCCUCAUGGAAAUCUUUUCAUUAUCAUUCAAGUGCCAGGGGUAAAGGUUUAAUACAUGAGACAUUGUUUCUUAAUUGAUUCUGAUGUGGGUUUGAAAUGAGGGGUAUUUUAAGACACUAUGAUCCUUAAUUUUUUUUCUGCUCAUUGCAAAAAAAAAGUGCAUCUUGAAUAAAAAGGUGUGUUUUUUCUUUGUGUAUCUUUGGCAUUUAGGCUUUAUUUGGCUUGAUUGUGUUAAUUCUUUGUAUGAAAAUGCAGUUCUGCUGAAAUACACAUACAAAAGCCUGAUACAGAAUAAAGGAUGAGACUGUUCAUAUUGAAUUAAACAUUUAAGAAAC